CGUUCCGCUUACUGAACGCACAAACCUCGGCGCUUCGAUAAAAGAUCGAUAGUUACGACACGGUCACGUGACUUAGACACAACAAGAUAUUUGGCGUUACGGUCCCGUUUCUUAUCCGUGUAAUCUAGAGUCCGUGCAAUAAUUCAAUACAGUCAAAUCGUCAAAUCGAUGUACUAGUAAACUGAGUAGAAAUUUAGAUCAUAAAGUGACAUAUUAUGGAUAUAAUCAUGAGACUAGAGUUGGCGUGUAAAACUAAAGGCUCACGCAAACUAGCAAACAUAGUGUGCUGUAUAACUACUGGUUUUCUGCUGAUAUUAUUAUAUAUAUUCUACAAGAAGGUAUUUUUGCUUGAUUACCGAAAGCACGAAAUGCACCAAUCCGAGCCAACUCCUAAACAAUACGGCGGGGCCCUUGGAUUGCAACUCAGAGGUCGCCUUGGUAACCAGAACGAAUCAUCGCCAGGAUAUCGAAUGUCCCAAAUAGAGCAAUCAAAACCAACUCAUAAACUACACGGUGGUGCUCUAGGAAUAAAACUCAGAGGUCGCCUUGGUAAUCAGAUGUUUCAAUAUGCAUCCCUGCUGGGUCUGGCAUCUAUGAUGAAGUUUGAAAGAGUUAUAAUUGAAGGAGGUGAUCAACUGAGGGACACAUUCAAGUUUGAAAACGACAGGGUUGAGUUCGGAAAGGUCCCGCCACAUUGGAAAGUAGUCAGAUCGAAUAAAACUAGAAUGUUUGACGAAACUUUAACCCACUUUAAUAAUCAUAGUGAAUUACGAAUUAAAGCUCAUUUAGCAUCAUGGAAGUACUUUAAAACGAUUGAAAGUACUGUCAAAAAGGAUUUUACAUUCAAAUCAACUGUUAUGUUAAAUGCAGAAAAAAUAUUGAACGCAAUCAAAGUCAAACAGGAGAUCAACAUGUCAUUUACAAAUGUCACGUACGUUGGUGUGCAUAUUAGACGAGGGGACUUUCUUAGUCCCGUGUUAGUGCAGAGAGGAUUUAUGGUCGCACCGUUGGAAUACGUAUUCAAAGCAAUGGACAUUAUGCGUAUUAUAUAUGGUCCCGAUAUAAUUUUCAUCAUUUGUUCAAACGACAUCCCGUGGGUGAAGAAAGCUUUCUCUGACCAAGGACAUAUUUCCAGUUACAGCUACCCGUAUGUAUUCAUGGAGAACAAUCCGCCAAAUGUGGACCUGGCGGUACUAAGUCUGUGCAACCAAACCAUCGCUACAACUGGGACAUUUAGUUGGUGGGCUGCUUGGCUCGCCGGUGGAACAACCAUCUUUUAUAAACAUCAAGCCAGACAGGGCUCCGUGACCAGACAAAAUCUCAACUAUGACGAUUUCUUUUAUCCACAUUGGAUAUUACUGGAAUAGUAUAAACCCAGUUGAUUGUUAAUAUUAUCCAAUGCUAACAAGCCUAUUAGUUUACUAGAAGACCUGUCAUGUAAACGAACGAAGCAUAAGUUUGCGAUCCUAAAUCACCAAUCAUACGUGUCAGUUUCAGUGAAACACACUUGCUUGAGUGAAUCGAUGCACAUUCAGUUUUAAACGUGUUUAAUCAUAUUAAUAAACAUUACUUAUACGUACGUUCACGCUUUUCAUGUAUUAUAAGUCCUUUGAUAA